AUGUGUCGUCAGUACUUCACGCUUUAUGAGUGGUGUCACUGCGAAGAGGCAGCUGGAAACAGUGUCUGCACUGGUCAGCGCCGCAACAGCUGCACAGGGAUCAGUAUUGAGACCGUCCACAUGCAUUGUUUUUGCAAUGCACACGCUGCCAAGGGGUUUAAGACUGAGAAGAAAACUCGCAAGGAAGAAGAAAAGAUGCGCCGCCGAUCCCAAGAAUCUUUGGAUGAGAAGUCCUCUUUGGGUCGACGCUGGUACCAAUGGUAUCAAUGGCGGGGAUUGUGGUCACGUUAG